AUGAUCAGCUGGCAUAAUGGCACGGUGCCCAGCCACCAAGAAGAGGAGGAGAGUGCAGAUGAGUACCAAAGGUCAGAGUGUGUACUCGGCUACAUCCCCGUCAUCUACUACAGCAUUCUCUUGUGUGUGGGAGUUCCAGUAAACGUACUGACAUUGGUGGCCCUGUCCCGCUUGGCCGCCCGUACCCAGAAGGCCCUGUAUGUCUACCUGCUUGCAUUGACCGGCUCGGACAUCCUCAGCCAACUCUUCAUCAUCUUUGUGGGCUUCCUGCUGGAGACUGCCGUGUUCCACCGCGAUGUUCCUGUGGCGCUGCUGCGUUCCGUCAGCGCUCUGGAGUUUGCUGCCAACCACGCGUCCAUUUGGGCCACCGUUCCACUGACCGUCGAUCGUUAUGUUGCCCUGUGCCACCCUUUGCUCCACCGGCAGAUCAGCUAUCCAGCCCGGGCGCGACGCAUUAUUACCGUCGUCUUGACACUGGCUCUAGCAUCAGGUGUGCCCUUCUUCUGGUGGUCAGAUGUGUGGAGAGUCAGUAGGCCCCCCAACACCCUGGACUCCACCCUCAUCUGGGUCCACGUAACCAUCAUCUACUUCCUGCCAUGCAGCGUCUUCCUGGUGUUAAAUUCGCUGAUCAUUUUGCGACUGCGGAGGCGCCAGCACCAGCAAAGGUGCCAGGAGGACAGCAGACAGCAGCGGGCAGCUGCAGGGAGGCUGGGGAAAACCACAGCAAUGCUGCUGGCCAUCACUUCUGUGUUCACAGUGCUGUGGGCCCCGCGAACAGCUGUGGUACUCUACCAUCUCUACGUGUCGUCUGUUCACAGGGACUGGCGUGUGCACUUAGCUUACGACCUGGCAAACAUGCUAGCCAUGCUAAACACCGCUGUGAACUUCUUCCUCUACUGCUUUGUCAGCAAGCCCUUCAGAGAGGUGGUGAAGGAUGUGCUGCUCUUGAGGGGGGCGCCACUGCACCCACCAAGAUCCUUCCACCACCGGCACACCUCUGCUAACACUUCCAACUCUUCUCUGUCCAGCAACGCCAAGCGCUCUCACAGAGAUGCCACCCCACUGUCAGCUCUCAGUGCAGACAUCAUUGCAUAGCACCAUGUCCUGGCCUGUCGGACAGUGAACUGCAAGAAGGUCUUCUACCUCU